AUUUUGCUUGUCAACAAAUCUGUAUUUCGGUUUUUAAUACAAUAUCAUGUUUUAAUAUUAACAUUUUUCUAGGUCAAGAUGUUGCUUCAUCAUGUUGUGAAUUUAGGAUGGUAUUUAUUGUACUUGUUUUUUACAUUGAUAUAGCUCUGCACGGUUUAGUGAAGAAAACGCACUUUGAAUUUGUAAGUUGGUAUUGAUAAUUUAAAAUAAAAAUAUUAAAAUAAGCUUCUUGCUUAAAUUAAUGUUUGAAAAACACAAAUAUGAGUGAAAGAUUUUUUUUUACUAUUAAGUGUGAAAGUAACUUUUCAUUAAAAAAAGCUCUGAGAAACAACUGGUAAAAAUAACCAAUAACCAAUUUAUUUAAAUAAAAAUGGCAAAAUGUUAUUUCUUUUUACUUUGCCAGCUUUGCACAGCAACUGAGUUUUAGGAGAGGAAGUGAUACUUUUUUUGUGCUGUUUCUAGCCAGUGUGCUUUUUAACCACAGCCUAUUUGCUAGGUCAUUUGUAUUACUUGGUAUUCUAGUACUUUCUCUUGCAGUCAACAGAAUUUACACUGGUGCAGCUUUGGAGUGUUUUGGUAUAAAACUUGAAAAACAUAGUUUUGCAUGUGGAUAUUAGUCUUGUUUCUGACUGUAUUUGUUCAGAGAAUAAUACAUGUACAUUGCUGAGUUGCCAUUUCUAGCCUGAUUUCCUUCUGAUUUAUUUUUUCCUGGUAGUUGAAGUUUGCCAUAAACGUGUUCUUUUUUUUUUUUUUGGUUUUGUUUUUGUUUUUUUUUUUUCCCUGGCCUCUCAAAAGCCCUUCUAAACAUCUGGGAAGGGGCUAUAACCGUGAAAUGUUCUAGUGCUUACAGGCUUAUCAACACUGCUGGCUGAACAGAGGGGAGAGGCACAGAUGAGUGCCACCUGAGGAAAGCAUGAAGAGUAUUGCUGCACAUAUGUUGUCAGCAAACUUGUCAGUGUGGUUCCGUCUGCCUGGCCAGUAAUGUGCAUGUUUGGACUCCAGAAUGGUUUGUCUAACAGGGUUGCCAGCAAAAAUAUGGGAACAGUGACAAGGAUAUAGUGGUAGAGUAGUAGAAUAAAAGACAUAGUUCCUAAAAAACAACAACAAAACUACAUUUGUUCUACACUUCUUAACAGCAAUUAAUUUAAAUUAGUUUUUCAAAGAAGUGUGUGGAACUGCAAGUGAGCAGCUGAUAACAAGGUUUAACUUUUCACUAACAUAAUUUUGUGGCUUUUUCUAAGGAAUAUUCAAGUCUUGACUGCUAAGUUUAGAGAAAAACAAUCUGAGAACCGUUCACUAUAACCGCGUUUCAGUUGAUUUAAAAUACUGCAGCUUUUCAAACUCUUGGAGGGAGCUUGAGGAAGAUUUUUUUUUAUCACCUACUGAUGUGGCAUGUUCUAAAUCUUAGCAGAUGUGGAAAAAAAACAAAAAGACCAGGCAACCUAGUAACUUCAUUAUGUGACUGAAAUCCAGAUAAACAUCUCAAAUUUCAGUUCAUUGCUGAUGUCAUUCCUUCUUGCUUUUCAUAUUUAUAUGUAAAUAAGAACCAAACAGUGAUUAUUUUUCUCAUUUCAAACAAAUGUAUAUUACAGCUUUUUGUAUACUUUUUCAUAUUCCACUUUCCCAAUCAUGAAUAAUAUUACAUGCUAUGAACAGUUUUUUAACUCCCAGUUUGUAACCAUAAAAGUAAUCCUAUACUUCAUCAGCUGUUCUUUUUUAUAUGUAUGUAAACAGUAGUUUAAUUCUUCAACUGUUCAUGUGUCAGUCAUUUUUAGCCUUGCUCACGGGAGCAUUUUUAAUUUGUACACUUCUGUUGGUUUGUCACUAGAUUUUAAAUGCAGGCAGCAUGUUUUUGUGUGUCUCCUUAAUGUAUUUUCCCUUAAUAUUUUAAGAAGCGCGUGGAAAAUGUUAACUGGGUUAACUCAACACCUUCCAAGUCGUGAUAAUGAGACAAAGUGUAUUCUUCCUGCUAAGCAUGGUCGCUCUCUGCUUCCAAAAUUGUAUGGUAUAAUAGUCACCUGUAUUAUGCUCUCAGUAUUAUGAAGCACAUAAAGGAGCCAGUCUAGUAGAGGAAAUAGGCUUAAAACAAAUAAAAUGUGCAUGUAAUUCUACUUUCUAGAACAGUGAUUAGGUGGGUUCUAUCAGCCUGCAUAAGGCCCUCCUGUCCACUUUGGACAGAGGCAUUAAGGAAAUGAUGUCUCUAACUCUUGAGUUGGAUGUCCAUCUAUGGGAAAUGUUAGACCUCUGGGGGUUUACAAAGUAGGAAGUAGUCAGCUGGCAUUCUGUAUAUUACAGAAGCAUCUUGUCCAUUAUUUGGGGUUAAAAUUUCUGGGGCACAGCAUACAUCAGUGUACUUUUGCAGUUUAUUUUUUCUUUUGCAUAACAAAAACCCCUUCCUGGUCUAACUGCACUUUUAUGUUGUGGUUUAAGAAAAAAAAAAAGUAUGAGCAAAGACAUAUCUUUCCUGAUAUGUAUCAGGAAAAGCUGAACACUUUAGCGUGGCUGGAGUUGAAACUGUAUACACAUUAAUAUUUCAUACUGAGGAAGAUAACAUUUUGAAGACAAAACUGUUCAGUGAAACUGUGAUAUGGCAUAGAAAAUAAAUCUGUUGCCAAAAAUUUUGCAGGAAUGAAAGUGCCUGCCAAGAAACAAGAAUAGUUCAGUAUCAAAUAGUACAGAAAUAUCAAUAAUGAAACAGAAAUUUUAACCAGUAACCAAUUCGGUGUACAAGUGUCAGUUAGUGAUUUUUUUUUUUUAAUUACUGAAUAUAUUAUUGACUGAAUUGGAGGGGAAACCACCCCGUUUCCAUUCACUGUGGGCUAUGCCUGCCUUGGAAUAAGCAGGAAAUACAUUGUUGUGCAUGGUUUCUGACUUUGUCUUCCAGUCUUUUGCUUUAAGCAUUCAGACUGCAGCAUCAGUUUAAAAUACAGUUUUAUCCAUAUUUCUAGCAGUGAGCUGCAUUUGUUUGAUUCCUGAAUAGCACAUUCAAAUGGUUCACUAGAUUUUCUGCAGUGAGUAAAGUUUGAAUGCCUUGUAUUUGAUAGAAUAUUGCAAAAUAGAAUCAUCAAUGAAAUUUGAGUGCAGGCUAUUUAGUGCUCUAAUCCAAGUCAACUAACCUGAUGUACAAGGUUUAUCUUUGACUCCCUGCAGUAGAAGAAUUAUGGUUGUGCUGAAUUAUUCCACAGUACAAGCUAGGUGAACUGGUGUAGUAAUGGAAGCUAGUUUUCUGUGUACAGAGUCAUCCUUCUGAUACUUUCAUGUUCUCUGUAAGAAAGGGAGCACUUCUUUUUGAGCAGCCUUUUGAGUUUUUAGUUUUGUGUUUCUAUUUUUUUUUUCUGAUAAAGAUAGAAUGUGCUGUCAUGACUGUCAUAUGAGUGUGUUUCUGCAAGAAAGAAGUGGAGAUUAUAGACCUACUUACAAGCUUUUCAUUCUAUGAAAAAGAUAAUAAGCAACAGAUGCAUUUGUCUCUGUUCUCUUUUAUUUUUUCUUUUCUUUUCCCCUUAACUCAAGGAUGUCCCUGUAUCUGUUCUUGGGAUUUCUUUUUGCACAAAACAGGCUGGAGGAGGAUAACCUGCGAAGCUAAUGAUACAGUCUCUCUCUGGGCCCCGCUUAUAGUAGAGAAGGGACAGAAUGCAAUGUAAAGCGGAAACUUAAUUUGGUGGAAACUAUACAUACACUUUUUUUUUAUAUGCAGCCGGGGAUAUUAGUCAGAUAUCUGAAGCUGAAUGAUUAAGAAUUCUCUUACCAUUGUAAGUCAGCCAUAGCAACACUUCCAGAGGUUAUAAGGUUGAUAAUUAUAACGUAUAUGAAGGGAAAUUCUUCUGUACAUAAUUAUCCAGGAGACAUAUUGUAGAACAGUAUUUCAGAACACUGGAGUUCCCAUUUAAACACCUUGUACAGAAAUGUACAAGGAUAAAUUAAUUUACAUGGAGUCUUCACUGCAAACAGAAUUUCAGACAUGCAUGUGGUAAAAGGAUAAAUGCAAAAUUAGGAACAAGCUGUCAAAAUAGGGUGAACAGGAGGUUAAAUAUGACUCUUUUUUGUCAGUAAUCACAAGCCUAAGAGCAUUUCCACUGUCCAUUACGGUAGGCUUUUCUUUUUUUGUCACUACACUCCUAAAGAGAGAAGUCUAGGCAGAUUAUCCUUACAGACCUUCAAUUUGGAAUCAGUGUGUAAGUUGUAGAUAAGUAAAAAGUAGUAAUUUCAUAUGACAGGUGAGAAGAAAACUAUUCCCACCAUUACCCAACCUUAAGCCUUGAAGUGUCAGAUUAUGUGUUUUCUUUAAUAACCUUGAGGGGAAAUCAUCCACUUUCUUUCUAGUCAAUUUAUCAGGUUAAUACUGCAGAGUAAGGGUCAGUCUCACCUAGUGUGUGCUAACUAUGUAGUGCUAUACAACAGCCAACAUGGCUGUAACUAACUGGUCAGUGAUCAUUUAACAAGGAAUAUCAACACAAAUCUGCAGUGUGUAUUAGUGAAAGCGAGAAGUUCGAACAAUGAAAGACAGUAUUCAAGUUGGCUUUGUGAAUGGGUUAUACCAGAGUGGGUAUCCUCUUCUUGAUGAUAAAAUGUAUUUUACAUUUCAGUAUAGAAUGGUGCUUAUGGGAAAGAUGGAGAAAGUCUUUUUACCAGCACCUGUACGGGCAGGACAAAAGGCAAUAGUUUUUUAACUAAAAGAGGAUAGAUUUAGAUUGGAUAUAAGGAAGAAAUUAUUUACUGUGAGAGUGGUAAGGCAGUGGCACGAGCUGUCCAGAGAAGCUGUGGAUGCCCCAUCCCUGGAGGUGUUCAAGGCUGGGUUGGAUGGGGCCCUCGGCAGCUUCAUCUGCUGAGUGGCAGUCCUGCUCAUGGAACAAGGAUGGGAACUGGAUGAUCUUUAAGGUCCAUUCCAACCAAAGUCAUUCUAUGAUUCUCUAAUUCAGUGAAUAUGAAUUGUGGAUUUAAAGGAGGAAAUUGUGGUUGGAAAAGAGAUUGAAAAUGAAUAUGGAUUCAUCUAGAAAUAAUAAAGGCAGUUGUAACUCACAAUUUGAAGUGGAAUAAAGUGUAAUUGUCACUAUUUAUUCAGUAAGUUUCAUGUCUUUUCCAAGUGGGUAUGGGUGCAAAGAAUGGAUCUGAAAGGAGCUGACAGGGUAGUGUUGGGGCUAUUUAUAGGAAGGAAGCCAGGUUGCUGAUGGAACCAAAUACGGAUCCCAUGUGCUUGUGAGCUGAUCUCCAAAGGAUUGUAAAGCACUUUAUAGUUAUGAUCCAUAUUGGAAAUAGCAUCUGUUGUGUUCUGUCACUGCAUGAUUUAAUGGUCAUUGUUAACGAGUUGUAGUUAUUUUUCUUUGUCCUUAAGAAAAAAGAGGGGGAAAAAAAACUUAAGAACCAUCACUUGCUAGAAUUCUGGAAUUAAUCGUCUUUAACAGUUUCCUUUGCUUUUCUCUGUUACAUCUGUUGUUUGUUUUCACUCAUCUCUGUUUGAAGUCUUCCUUGUUAGAGUUUAUGCUAUGGCCUAGCAAGUGUUAAAGGAUUGUCUGAGUUGAAUCUCAAAACAGAAGGCAUUUGUGGUAGUUUGCUGUGUUUCUCUGCCACUGGCAGUAGGACCAUGUAAAUGUAUUCACUGCAGACAAGUAAAAUGAAUUCAAAAGAGAGAACUCCUGUAGCAGUACUGAAGAUCACUGUGAAGUUCAAGCCAGUCUAUAAAGAAGCUCCUCUAGCUUGAUAAUUGUCUGAUUGUCUGCCUGAUACAAAGAUGAUGUACUUAACUCCUGAAAGCAAGUUAUCUUGAUACUGUUGAUUGACAGUGGAGUAAAGUGGGACCUCAAAGGCAAUAUUUUUUUUCAGUUUAUUGCUGUUUUCUUUUUCUGAAGAUGCUGUCAUGUACAGUAGUAUUCAUGACAGGUUUUGAUCAAUACUGAUUUUGUUCCAGCAUCACAGCAUUAAGCUCUAUGAAAGUUAUAUGGAGGAAGAUAACUCUUUGUGUUUAAGACAUUUUAAUUCAAACAGUGCUGUCAGGAAAAGGGGAAAGCAAGUAUUUUCUGGGCUGGGACGUUCCAUUUUGUUUCUCAUUUCUGGGAUUAUGUUCAAGUUCAAGGUUCCUCCCAAUGUUCUCUUCGGUAAACUGGACUUAAAUUCCACAACGUGGCCCUUGGGUUUCUGUGGCACUUUCUGCAGCAGACUCAGGUAAACUGCAAACUGGAAGACUUUAAUGAAUCAAGUUUGAAAAUUACUAUUCCAAUCAGUGCGGUAUUUGUUAUGGUGAUUUGACAUAAAAAUUAAGUGAUUUUUAUUUCUUUAAAAUCUUAAAUCUGUUGUAGACUUCAGUUGUAAUUGUUCAUAGCCCCGGGGAUAUGGAGGUGAUUUCUUUGGUGCUAAUGGACGUUUUGCGUUAACAUGUGUAGCCUAUUUCUUUCUUGAGUUUUUUGUAGAAAAGAACAUACAUUUUGUUUCAAUCAUUUCAUUUCGUCUAACUUUUGAAUGUUGAAGUGUUGAGUUUGUCCCUGGAUUUCAGUAUCAUGCCUCCAAACUGUGUUCUGUAGUGUUUUCUCAGAUCUUUUGGAAGGUAGAGUCAAUCCACUGCCAGAAGUUCCUUAUUGGAUAUUUCCAGAAUGUAUUCAAGAAUAUUGAAGUAAUUGCUGGCUUUAAAGACAGUUGAGGUUUGAUAGUUCUGUUUUCAUUUUUCUCACUCCAUUAUAAUCUCACAGUUUGGCACUGUGGGUACUGUUGUCAGCAACAGUAGUUUGUGAAUCCUAAUAUGCUACUCAUGUCUAAGAUAAGAUGAAUAGAAUUGGGAUGUGAUUAUUCAGUUUUCUAACCACCCUCUCAUUUUUGCUCAGUCUUUACAGAACCUGGUUGUAUACUUCAUCACUGGAAAUACUUCCAUCACUGGAAAUUAUACACUGCUUCUAUUACCUGUUUCUUGCCUAUAUUCUUGGACAUUGUUGGAAUCUAUAGCUAUUACUUUCAAAAAAUAUAUAUAUUUUUUGAACAUCACCUAUGAGGUCAAUUGGCAGUUUUUACGGCUUUCUUCACAGUCUCUGAUACUCGAUCGAACUGAGCUGUUGACAAAAAGAGAGCUGAAACCCUUAAGUACUGGAGAAGUGUAACAUAGAUUCUGUACAGCAAGAGAUAUUUAACUGAUGCCACUGGUUUUGCAAGUGGAACAGAAGCAGUCUUUGUGCAACACUGAAGGCAGUACUGAGAAAUGUGAAUUUUGCCUUGAUCGCUGUAGGACAGACAUUUGAUUGUAAGGAACUGGGUUAAAGGGAGAAACAAACACAAAUGAAAGAACUAGGAGGAAUAAUUAAUGAGAACAUUAUUAAGUUUUAAAUAAAGAAUGGUAUUGAGCAGUAAGUGAUCUUGGUUUCGGAGAUUUACCUCUACAGAAAGUACAUCACUGGAAUACUUUAAGAAAAGAAAGAGGAAUCUUUCAAUUAAAGUAUACAUGCUCUGAUAACCAAGUAUUCCAAAGAAGAUUCAUGCUUUAGAAUCUAAUCUAGAGACCAUCUAAGACUAUGUGUUGCUUUCAUAAACAUAAAUGUGUUAUGUGUAUUCAUAAAGAUAUGUGAUCAGAUCUGGCAGUCUGAUCACAAGGGAAUACUGCAUAAUUUCCUUAAUUCUAUCUUAAGAUGUUUAAACAGAUUUUUAUUGUGCAAAGAGGUAAGCAACCUGAAGAAAAUUUUAAAAGGGAUAUUGGAUUACAACCAUGAGAUUCUAGGGCAACAGAUAAAUGACUUCACCCUUCCUGAUGUUAACCUGAUUGGAGAGCAUGCUGAUGCUGCGGAGCUUGGAAGAAUGCUUCAGCUUAUUCUGGGAUGUGCUGUGAAUUGUGAACAGAAGCAAGAGUACAUCCAGACCAUAAUGAUGAUGGAAGAAUCUGUUCAACAUGUUGUUAUGACAGCAAUUCAGGAGUUGAUGAGUAAAGAGUCUCCUGUCUCUGUUGGAAAUGAUGCUUACGUUGACCUUGAUCGGCAGCUGAAGAAAACUACAGAGGAAUUGAAUGAAGCACUGUCAACAAAAGAAGAAAUUGCCCAAAGAUGCCAUGAGUUAGAUAUGCAGGUUGCAGCCCUUCAGGAAGAGAAGAGCAGCUUGCUUGCUGAGAACCAGAUUUUGAUGGAACGUUUAAAUCAGUCUGACUCUAUUGAAGAUCCCAACAGCCCUGCUGGUCGUAGGCACUUGCAACUGCAGACACAACUAGAACAACUCCAAGAGGAAACAUUCAGAUUAGAAGCUGCCAAAGAUGACUAUAGAAUACGCUGUGAAGAACUGGAGAAGGAGAUUGCUGAAUUGAGACAACAGACAGAAGAGCUUACUGCGUUGGCAGAGGAAGCUCAGUCUCUGAAGGAUGAGAUAGAUGUACUCAGGCAUUCUUCUGAUAAAGUAGCCAAGUUAGAAAGCCAAGUGGAGUCUUACAAGAAGAAAUUAGAAGAUCUGGGUGAUUUGCGUCGGCAAGUGAAACUCUUAGAAGAGAAGAAUACAAUGUACAUGCAAAAUACUGUAAGCCUGGAGGAAGAGCUAAGGAAGGCCAAUGCAGCACGCAGUCAGCUGGAGACGUAUAAAAGACAGGCAGUUGAACUACAAAACAGGUUAUCUGAAGAAUCCAAGAAAGCUGAUAAAUUAGAUUAUGAAUGCAAACGGCUGAAAGAAAAAGUAGACAGCCUCCAAAAAGAAAAAGAUAGAUUAAGAACAGAAAGGGAUUCUUUGAAAGAAACCAUUGAAGAACUCAGGUGUGUACAAGCACAGGAAGGUCAACUCACCACUACAGGAUUGCUGCCCCUAGGAAGACAAGAACCUUCAGACAGUUUAGCAGCAGAAAUUGUUACUCCUGAAAUAAAGGAAAAACUCAUUCGCCUUCAACAUGAGAACAAGAUUUUAAAGUUGAACCAAGAAGGUUCUGACAAUGAAAAGAUCGCCUUGUUGCAGAGCCUUCUUGAUGAUGCAAACUUACGGAAGAAUGAAUUGGAGACAGAGAACAGGUUGGUAAAUCAGAGACUUCUCGAAGUGCAAUCCCAGGUUGAAGAAUUACAAAAAUCUUUGCAAGAUCAGGAUUCAAAAGCUGAAGAUUUUCUUCUGUUGGCUGCUGUUUUGCUUUAUACUAAUGUCAUCUCUGUUUCUUGGCAUGGGCUUCUGCUCAAGGCUAUUUCAGUUCUUCUGAAAAAGAAACUUGAGGAACAUCUUGAGAAGCUCCAUGAAGCUAAUAAUGAACUACAGAAGAAACGAGCUAUUAUUGAGGAUUUGGAACCAAGAUGCAAUAACAGUUCACUCAAAAUUGAAGAAUUACAAGAAGCUUUACGGAAGAAGGAGGAAGAAAUGAAGCAAAUGGAAGAACGUUACAAAAAAUAUUUGGAGAAGGCCAAAAGUGUCAUCCGUACCUUAGAUCCUAAGCAAAACCAAGGUGCAGCUCCUGAGAUUCAGGCUCUGAAAAAUCAGCUGCAGGAACGGGAUAGAAUGUUUCAUUCACUGGAGAAAGAAUAUGAAAAAACAAAAAAUCAAAGAGAAAUGGAGGAGAAAUUUAUUGUUAGUGCCUGGUACAAUAUGGGGAUGACUCUGCAUAAAAAAGCAGCAGAAGACAGGCUGGCUAGUACAGGCUCAGGACAGUCCUUCCUGGCUAGACAAAGGCAAGCCACGAGCACAAGGAGGUCAUACCCUGGUCAUGUCCAGCCAGCAACUGCAAGUGAUGUGGUUGCAUGACCUGCAGCAUUAUUAUAACAGGGACUGUUCAGUGCAUGACUUGCUUUUCUGUCCAGACUGCAUAACCAAAACUUAACCAGUUCUGCACUUAUGGGCAUCUGAUUUCAAAGGGAGAUCUACUUGCAGAGAAGCUUGCCAUCUUGGGGAGUGGCUUUCCCAUUUCCCACUUCCAUUUACUCUUUCUCUUCACAAAAAGUCUCCUGUGGGGCUAAAAGAGUGGAAAUCCAGUAUUCAGAACUCUACAGGAGGCGUUCUGCAAACUGGCAGAGCACUGUCAGCUCUACAUUUACUUCUGUCUGUCCAUUUAAUUCUGAUUAACAGCAUUAACACACAGACUUCCUGCAACAUUUGCAUAUUCUGAACUAUAAAAAUCUGGUCUUAAUGAGUUCCUAAAAAUGCCUUUUGGUGACACCUAAAACUUUAAAGCACCUGCACCCUUAAAGGAUAUACCUUGAAUCUUUAAAUAAAUUAAAAAGUGAAGACAAGGAGGUGUGUUACCAGGAGGAACGGCUGCUUGGCCAGCCCAUCUUCCUUAGGAAGCCGAGCAAGGUUCAUCAGAUACUCUAUAAGACAGGCAAACGACUGUGCAGUCCUUUGUUCACAGACACUGCCUGCUUCCUUACUAUGUAUAUACGUAGUAGAUUGUGGCUGUUGUAUUUUUCUCUAUGUAUUUUAGCGGUGUCGUUUGUUUCUUUCAGAAACUUUUUAUUUCCACUCUGUGUACAAUUGUUAAACAAUCCAAGGAAAGUAUGUGAAUGGGGAUAAACACAAAAGCUGGCCACACUUUCAGUAUUAUGCAGAUUCUCCUUGACAGUUUAUAAUUUGGGUUGUUUAUAUUUUACCUGUACUAUUUUUUUCUCUCAUUAUUGCAGUCUUAGCUAUUUCAUUUCCAAUUGCACUAGCUUGGCUGUUUCUUUGUAUUAUGAAGUUUAGCUAUAAGAUUUGCAGUAUUUAGACAGUAUAACUCAAAGUGCUUUGUGCUGCCUAUAUUAAUUUUUAAAAGCUGCUUAUUUAAUAUUUUUAAAUAUCUGCACAUUUGUACUACUGUAUCUUUGUUCUGUGCUGGAUGCCCAAGAUCCAGAAGGCAAGGGAGUACUGUCGUGGUGUCAGCUAGAGCGUUUGUUGUGUAGCAGUUAGCAUGUGACAGGUCGGACGAGGCCGCAGGGCCAUCCUGAAAUGAUGCAAUGUCUGAAAAGAAUCCGAAUGACGAGAACCAUACGUUGUUCGGUUGAAGUCCGGUUCUUGAGAAGCCCCAUUCUUGUUCACUUGGAUCUUAAUCCUGCAAAAAUAUAUGCAUGUACUUACUUUGCUUACUCCAGGAAUAGUUUUGCUUAUUCAGGCCGUAGUGUAUCGGUGAGCCCCGUUUUCCACCUGAGCACCCCUAUACUGGAGACAUGGUGUGUCCGUCGGUCCCUGCAGGCACCUGGGGCCUUGAAAGGCCGUGCCCUUGCGUUGGGAUGCCGGAGCUGCUCGGCCCUCACGGACCCCUGUGCUGGAGGCACCUGAGGUGCUCGGCCCUCAGCACUGUGCCCACUGCAGCAGAGGUGUCGUGCCAGGUGAGCUGGAGAGCAGGCAGAGCCUGUCCCCGUGCCAGCUCAGCAGGGAGGGCGGUGCCACCUGGCGGGGAGGGGCAGGUUGGGCUGCAACAGGCCCUGCAGGAAUCAGAGGGCCAGCAUGAGGAUCCCAGUGAGAAGCAUGUGCCGGGUUCCCUCCUGGACACCGUGCCAGACACUACAGCAGAGCGGGAGCCUGCGGCUGACACCCUGGCCGGACUCCCACAUGGGGAUAUGUCUUUCCUGGUCCACCAGGACCUGGGGCAGUGAUGUCUGAUGUGACCUGCAGGACAGAUCAGGGCUGUGACGUGUCACACGUGCCUGCAGCAAUGCCAGCGGCACUUCCGUCAGACUGAGCCUAGCAGAGCUAAAGGGUUUUCAUCUCUCCAGGUCCUAGCCAUCGAUCCCUUGUUCUGUGUCAGGGCAAGCUUUAUGGAAAAACCUCCUUUCUGUUGUGUGUGAGGCAUAGUUUGUUUCCCAUUGCCAGUGCAGCUUCUGUUGGGCGUGCCCUUCUCCAGGCCGAGCUGGGUGCGGGGCCGGGGUGGCCCUGCGCGGGGUGUGCGGGGAUAGCUGUUUGUCACACCUGCCUGCAAGGGCGUCCCAAGCUGAAGCUGAGCUGUACCUCAUUUCUCCAUGUGGUCUGUGCAGUUAGAAACUACAUAUCAGUUGUUCUUGAGCCUGAAGACAUUUAUAUGUAACUGUGUUUAGCGUGACAAAGCGUGUUUGAGCUCACUGAUGCGGUGGCGGAGUGUGAGGUGGCUCUCAGCGUUCAGCUGGCUGCCCCCGUCAGAGCAGUGCCGCGUCUCCGCCAUGACCGCGAGCCCGCGGCUCAGAGGUGACCUCCAGCAUGUCUCUGAUGUACUAACUCCAUUUACGCUGCAUAGAAACUCUUCUACUUUCUUCAUAGCAGCUUGUUUGACAGUUCCAAAUUAAGUGUUGACCAAUUAUUCAAGUAACUGUUUGUGAAGUUGACAGUGAUAUAUUUUCUGUAAAAUAAAUAAAUAAAUAAAUAAUGGAUGUAUAGAGUGUCAAAACAUUAAUUUCCCAUUUCGGUUCAUCUAUGAAUUUUGUAACUACCAGAUUGUCAUGGUAGCGGUAUUAAUAUACAUAUCUGUACAUAGACAAAAAAUUCCUGGUAAUGGUCAUUAGAUUCAAAAGGUUUAAUAUUUUUUCCCAGUCAAAUACACUAAUGCUUCCAAGGUUACAGGAGAGUGUACAGUUGUUAAACAAGUUGUAAAUAAAGGCUUAUAUAAAAGUG